UUGAAAGUCACAAUCAAUAAUUCUGUUUUAAAUAUCUUUUCAAUAAGGUAGGAUACAAUGAUAAAGUAUUGUUCACUCUCUCUGUCAUUUUUCUUCUGCUGUAUUUUGAUACCAAAGGAAACUCAACCAAAAUGCUUACCAACAGAAGUUUCAAUUACUUUUAAAACAUGGUAUCAGAGGACAAAAACCAUUUGUAAACGGAGCUGUCCAUCUAGCCAGUAUGUAUUCAAAGGAAGGUGUAUCGAAGACUGUCCAUCAUUUUCACCUAAAACAGACAAUGGAUUUAUAAAGUACUGCAAUAAUAGUGCUAUUAAUGACCUUGAAUGCCCCGCAUUCAUGUGUAAUAAAAAUUACCAAUACUGCUUUGAUGGAAAUUGUCUUUCUUCUUGUCCGGAAUACACAGUCGGUUUCAAUCAUUCGUGUUUAAUGGAAUGUCCAAAGGAAGCACCAUUUUUGACGUCGUUUUCUUGCCGUGGUGUCUGCUAUAGCGGUGUGAAAUCUUGUUUCAGGAGUUGUCCGAAAUCUCAUCCGUUUGUUUUUCAUUCCCCAAAAAUUACACACUGUUUAAACGAGUGUCCCGACUUCACAGCAAUAAAUCAAAAUUCCUGCAAUUUAUCGUGUCCAGUUUAUUUACCUGUUCUUUUCAACAGAAGCUGUUUACAAUCAUGCCCAGCUACGCACCCAUUUAUAGAUAUAAAAAUUUCUACAUUUAAUAAAAUUUUCAUUUGUACGGAUAUAUGUCCAGAGGAGAUGGCAUCAUACAGAAAUGUUUGUGUUUCUGUGUGCCCCAACGGUACCUAUCUUGAUAAUGGAGGGGACAAAACAUGCAUUGAGAAGUGUGAAGAUGCGCGGCCGUUUAUAUACACAACAGCAGCACAGCAAAAUACUAUUUACUAUCAGCAAUGUCUUUCAAAAUGUCCAUCAGGAAAAUAUGGGUAUGCUUUACCUGAGAAAAAAAUGUGUGUCAGUGAAUGCCCGAAAGAAUACUCCAUAUUUAAUAGCACUUGUUUAUCGAGGUGUCCCUAUUCUUCCCCUUUGAGGAAUUCUUUAAACACAGACGGCAGGAAUAGAUAUGUAUGUGUAAAACAUUGUCCAAGAAAUACAUUUAAAUACGACAAUAUGUGUUUUCACCUUUGCCCAAGUAAUUUAGUGCACUAUUUAUCGAACUGCUCCUCCAAAUGUCUUGGUUCUAAGCCUUUUUUACUACGGCAGAACAGAACUUGCGUUUCUGAAUGUCCCUUAAAAUACCUAUAUAAUGGAAGAAUAUGUGACGAUAAAUGUCCGGGGUAUAUUUCUUAUAUAGAAAAUAGGACUUGUGUUGUGCAAUGCACGAAAAGAAGUAACCUAUACAAGGAGUCAACCAUUGGCAAGGAGUGCAUUAGUUCAGACAUCUGUCCAAAUAACACUAUGCUACUAAAGGGAACAAAGGAAUGCAAAAUUUAUUGUCCAAAAGAAACUCAUGUGGUGAUAGACAACAUUUGCACGAAUAUGAGUGAAUGUUUGAAAUCGUUUUUCUUUCAAGCUUCAAAGAGUGGAAAUUUAUGCACUGAAAAGUGUCCCCAAAACUUACUAAGCAACGGAAGACAUUGUGUGUCUCGGUGUCCUGGAAACAAAGUCAUAAAUGAAAGGAACUGUACAGAUGAAUGUACUGAUACAAACCCUAACAAAUUCAAAAACGAAAGUAUCGGUACCAUGUGUCUAUCAGUGUGUCCAGAUGGGUUUGUAAAUUACAAGAACGAAUGCAUCGAUAAAGAUGAAUGUAUUAUCAUUAAAAACUUCUACAUUUUCAACAAAACGUGCUUUAAUGAAUGUCCAAAAAGAACAAUUCAAAUUAAAGACGACUACCACACGUGCCAGGCAGUGGAUAUUGCCCAGGCCUAUCAGAACGUUGUCACCUUUUUUGUUUACGCUGGGUUGUUUUCAAUCCUUUUCUAUAUAAUAUGCUGUUACAAAGGCGGCCUGUAUCAUGUCAAAGUAAAGGCAUGUUGUGAGCAUUCAGCUGAAGACACAUACAAACUUAUAGAGGACACAGACACCAAAACAACCAUCAAUGACGACGAAGGGAACGAAGCAGAAGUUAUUGUGGUCUAGCUACAUAUAAAAUCAAGACAGUAUAUUCCUUCAUGUAGCACACUAAACUCAAAUGUAAAUAAAGUUAAAGAAAAAUGGAAAUUAGAAAUAUUCAGAGAAUUUCACGACAAAAAGGUACAUACAUGUAUAUUGAAAUAAAUAUUCUAUGCAUUGUUGCUUUUAUUUGCAAGCAUAUAUAGGAUAAAAUUCAUCUUAUC